UAAUAAAAUGAGGUGUUAUCAGUGAUCAGCGCAUUCAAUGAGAUGAAAUAUAUAGCUUCAAAUAUUCGCGGAACAUUUUCAGUGCGACUAAAAAUCUUUACACGAUGGGAGCUCGAACGAUCAUUACUGCUACUAUUGUAAUUGCUUUAUGCGUUUCGAUAUGGACCACGGCUUCAUCACCCGUGUCUCCGAGUGAUGCCCUGCAAUCAACUGCUGACGUUGUUCAUCAUCUGCAACGACGAGAAGUAAUGUUCCGACCUCUGUUCGUGUACCGCCAACAGGAAAUCGAGAAACAACGGAAGCAUGAAGCUAGAACCCAAAAACAAUUGGAACACCAUCAGCAGCAGCAGGAUUACCGUGAACAGAUGGAGGAAUAUAAAAAGACGUUAGCAGAAUAUAAUAAGCAGAUGGAUGAAUACAAACAAAAGCAACAGCAGCACAGUCAUCAUCAUUAGUGUUUAUAGAAAGUGUUUAAUGUAAUGUAUUGUCUAUAACAUUAGUAAACAUGUGAAAAUAGUGAAAAAUGUGGUAAUCAAAUAAGUUCUUAAACAAGCCUUUAUUUUCCAUUGUAGAAUAUUCUAACGAACAUUAUAACGCUUUCAAGUAACGCACUAUACAAUAAGUGCUUUUUUCAAAUUUAA